GAUAAUAUCAUAGAAACGUUGGAUUUAAACCGGCAUUACGAAGUAAUCGAUGGUAAUAGUCAGGUCGUGAAAGCAACGUUGUAUACAUUAAUUGUCAAAUGAUUUAUUUAUUUAUUUCGCUCGAUCUCUCGAUACGCGUACACGAACGAAAAUCAUUAUUGAGAUUGUAUUUAUGAUAAGUUAUCGAAUGUCACUAAAUUGUAACGAUCUAAUAUCGAGCCGAUGGUUACAAAAGUAUUUCUUACGUACGAUCAAUUUUAUAACAUUAUCGAGUGAAUUUAUUGUUAUAUAUUGUAAUAAAUAAUGAUAUUUGAUAUUACACCGGAAACUGCUUUGAAAUUUACGAAAAUGAGUGUUAUAAUAAUGGGCUGUUGGCCGCCCCCUUUAAACGCAACAAAAAAACAAUUACUCUUGCGUGACAUUUAUUGGUGGACAUCGUUUUUAACCGCUACGUUCUUGCUUUUAGCAUUAAUUAAUGGGAUUUAUGAGUAUCGUCAGAAUACUUUAAUUACGAUACAAACUACGUGCAUUCUAGCAGGUGUCUGUCAAAUGUGUAUAAAGAUGUUGAUAUUGAGAAAGCAACGUUGGAAAUUUCAGUCGAUAAUCCUGGAGAUGGAAAAUUUCGUAAAACGAGCUAACCCUUUGGAGAAAAGAAUAUUACAAAAUUAUGUAAAGAGAUGUGCGAUUUUUCAUUUAAUUACAACCAUUGGCUUUUACGUGAUUUGUUCAGGUCUUAUUUUAGGACCGGCGAUAUUAUCCCAACCAUUGCCAACAUACGCCAAGUAUCCUUUUAAAGUUGAUUCGCAUCCCAUAUACGAAAUAAUUUACUUUCACCAAGGAUUCGUUGGAAUUUUAGCAUCCGUCGGUGGUACCAUUGAUUGUCAGGUUGCAGUUUUAUUGUGGUUCACCUCGGCAAGAUUUGAAAUUUUGUGCAUGGAAUUAACAAGAUUUAUCAAUUUAUUUGAUCUAAAUUGUUGCAUACGUAAACAUUUGCAUUUGCUUAGAUACGCGAAGGACGUUGUUAUAACUGUACGUUAUAUCAUUCUUAUAACUACUUGUAUAUCUGCCCUGAUCAUGAUAUUCGGUGGAUUACAACUUAUUUUUGCGAAAUCAACAACCAUGAAAAUUCAAUUCGUCAUUCUCGUUAUUGGUGCAGUUAUUCAAUUAUUUCUAUGUUCUCAUCCAGCUGAAAAUUUAGCAGGAAUGAGUAUGGCCAUUGGAUUAUCGGUAUACAAUUCUAAUUGGAUUGGACAAUCAACAAAAGUAUUGAAAAGUAUAUGCAUUUUGAUUCAAAGAUCUCAAAAACCUGUAAUUGUUAACAUCGAUGGAGUUUUACCAGCGUUAUCUCUAAAAUAUUACGCUUCGUUUCUUUCUUCAUCAUUCUCGUACUUUACAACGUUACGUGCUGCAAUGAUUUAAACAGUAGAUCAAAUAGAUCAAUUAGAUAGAUUGUUAUUAAUGCAAAGACAAAAAAAAAAAAAUCUUAUAUAGAUAUUACUACAAAUAGAAUUAAAAUUGAAUUGAGUUAAAAUUGUAAAACGUAAGAAGAGUACAUAAAGCGUAUUCUGUUGCAUAUAUAUAUACCGUACGAUAAUUAUAUAUUACUAUAUAUAAUUAUGUACCAUUUAUUCUAAAAUCAAAAUGGAAAAAGUAAUAACAUAACUGUUACAAGAGAACAAGAAGGAUAUAUCUCUUCUAAGAAUAUAUUUUAACGUUAUAUUAUGAGUUUAUGAAGAUGAAUAUGCAUUGGAUAUUAUUAUUCCUAAUGCACAUACACACGUGUAUAUAUAUCUACCUUUCAUUUAUAAAUGUCUCUUGUAAUCAAAGCUACUCUUCUACGGAAGAAAAUAAAACGCCAUAUUGUGUUUGCCUUUGUGUGUGUAUUCCUCCAUUAUCUUGAUAAAACGAUUACAGGCCGUCGUAAUAAUUCUAGAAAAUGAAAAAAAGGAAAUUAGCUGUACUUAAUCUUGUAGUAUUAUUAAAUUAACAAUAAUGUUAUUAUCAUUUACAUUAUUUUAUAUUAUUACAACAUCCAAUAUAAUGUUAUCAAUUUUUUCUAGUAAUUUCUAUUUAUUUCUAAUUCUAGUAAUUUGUACUUUAAUUAAUGGCGUUCAUUGAGCCUGGUAUUAUAAUAAAAUUAAUAAUUAUACGUUAAAACGUAGAAAUUAUAGAUAACUUGUCUAAUGGAUUAUUUUAUU